GCUGCCUUAUUCUCAUGGUUGUGUGACCACAUGCUAUUUUAAAAUUAUUUAAAAAUUAUUAUUAAAAUUAUUAUCUAAAAAACUGAAAAUUUCCUAGGACAGGGGUGGCGAAUAUUCUGGAGAGCUGCAGUCCUGCAGAGUUUUGUUUCAACCCUAAUCAAACACACCUGAACAAGCUAAUCAAAUUCUGAAGGUUUACUAGGAAGCUACAGGCAGGUGAGUUUUUAUUAGGGUCAGAGCUGCACUCUGCACAACUGCGGCUCUUCAGGACCAGUGUUUGCCACUCCUGUUCUAGGAGAACAACAAUUUUAGCCAUGGUCAUACCAACCACGAAGGAACCAAAUCCACAAGUUCACAGGUUCAGAAAAUAUGUAUUGCUACUUGAAUGUUUUGUUUGGAUUGCAUUAUGCUUGGCUUUAUGGCGAUUGAAUUGUUUCCAAAUGAGAAGAUUUCAUCCCCCCAGCCCUAAACCAGUUUUACAAAACAACAAUAAUAAUUUAUCAACCAUAUCAGUGUAUGACAUGGGAAUCAGUGAUAAGGAGUGGGAAAGACUUCAGAAGGCUCUUAACUGGCCUGGUCCAGAUCAAGAAAUCACUCCACUGAAUCUGAGCACAAGUCCAGUCCACUCAACAUUCUCUAUUGUGGGACUCAAAAAGAGUUACAAAGUGGGAGAAAACAUCUCGGUUAUUAUCACAGCCAGAGACCACAACAACAACCUGAAGACAUAUGGAGGAGAUUUUUUUAAAGCAAAGCUGUUCAAUUCGAAGCUAAAAGCGAGUAUGUAUGGGGAGGUUGUGGAUCAUCACAAUGGGACUUACUCAGUUACUCUUCUUCUGCCCUGGAGAGGUCAGGCACAAGUUUUUGUACGUCUUGAGCACUCCAGUGAGGUUGUUCAGAUUCUUAAAAAAUACAGGGAGUCUUCCUUCCCACGCAGUCACUAUUAUGGCCACUUUGAAGGAUCAGGACCCAAUAAAACCAGGAUCAAGGAAGUAGUACAAUGUAACCUUAAGUGGGGUGCAGAAGGAAGCUGGAUAAAAGGCGCCUGCUGCUGCGAAUAUAAGGACAUAAAAACAGGGACAAAGUGGCAGUGUGAGACACCGAAGAAACUUUCUUGUAACAAUCUGGUUCAUCACUCAAGCGGUGUUUUGGAAAACCCAUUAAAUGCUUUUGAAAUGCAGUUUUUUGCAAAGACAUUAACAAAUGUUCCUAUUACUGGUGACAAACAAAUCAUUAAUGUCUUUCCCAACACUGCAGGCAUUGGCACAACAGAAAGGUGCAGAUCUGGCUUGACAACACCUGUUCCUGCAGGGUUCUAUCUGAACAAUGUUUGGAAGUCAUUUGUGUGCAACACCCAGCAGUUUAAUUCUGUACAAAUGGGGAAUUGUCUUAAAAACAAGAUUGUUUACAUGAUGGGAGACUCCACCACAAGGCAGUGGUUUGAGUAUUUAGAAAGAAAAGUGCCAGGCAUAAAACGAAUGAAUCUCCACACUCCUCAUUUGGGUGGACCACUGAUGACUGUGGAGUUGAAAAAUAAUAUCAUUAUUCACUGGAGGCCACAUGGUGUUCCUUUGCGGUUUUAUAAAAUGCUCAUUACUGACCUGCAUUAUAUCGGCAAUGAUAUUGAUAAUAUAGCUGGUGGCCCUCAUGUAGUUGUUGUCUUUACAAUCUUUGCACACCGGGUUUUUCACCCGUUAACUUUUUAUGUGCAUGAGGUGGCCAAAAUCCGUCAGUCUGUUGUUGCGCUGCUGAGGCGUGCACCAAAGACCACUGUCGUCAUCAAGUCUGGAAACACUGCAGGACUAAAGAAUAUUUUUCAAAGUGAUUGGUAUGCAUUGCAGCUGAACACAGUGAUGCGGGAGAUGUUCAGAGAUAUUGAUGGAGUAAUCUACUUAGAUGUCUGGCAGAUGACUUCCUGUCACUAUCUAACUGAAGAUAUUCACCCAGGACCUGUUAUCAUUGCUAAUGAGGUCAGCAUGUUGCUCUCAUAUGUCUGUCCUGCCUAAUAGACCUGCCUACUUACAGUGAGACAAUAUUAUGACUGGAGCCCAGAAGUCUUUAAAAUGUGUUACAUUAGAGAAGUAUAAACAUAAAUUGUUAUGUGAACAUACCAAUUUGUGAAGUGGUCAUGUUAUAAUUGUUUUGCAUGUUGCAAUAAGCUGUGCAAUAAAAACAUCUCAAAAAGCUGUUCUUUACUAUAUAGUCGAGUUCCAGCAGUCAUACACUUUACUACAAAUUGCAUAUACAAAUACUCUUUCCAAGAAACGUUGGGAAUCAGCUGAUGGCAAUAAUAAAAGAAUAUUUUGAGUUUAAAAAGUUAUAGAUGACAAUUGUGGCAUUGAUUUGUACUGUACUUCACAAAGCUGAACAAACAUUCAUUUUAGAAAUCUAGAUUUAGAGC